CAAGUGGAUGUUACGUACAGUACGUCUUUGACGGUACUUCCGGUCCGGUCGGUGUCGUUAGUAUCAUCACAAUAGAAACAGGACUUGGACAAUGGGCGACGUCCAGUUGUAUUUCACGAACGCCUGCGUCUCCGUAGGGCACGAUGUGGACGUAGAACGGUUUCAGAGUCCAAAGACAACAAGGGAUUUUGCUAGCGUUGAGCUGGGCGUUAAACGGCACAGCAGGGAGAAGACCCCUCGAAGGAUCAUCCAUUUCUCCAAUGGGGAGACCAUUGAGGAGUAUAGUACCGAUGAGGAAGCGCAAGACAAGGAGCCGGAGAGGAAAGACCUGCUCUCCUCUUCUUCGGAUGCGGUGAGGUCAAAGAUGACUUGGGGUCCGUAUUUCUUGUUCCACAUGUGGAGAGCUGCAACAUCAACCUUAUCAGCAUGUGAUUACCUGGGGGAGAAGAUGGCCUCCCUCUUUGGAAUAACAUCAGCCAAAUACCAGUAUGCCAUUGAUGAAUACUACAAAAUUAAGAAAGAGGAAAAGAAAAACCGACUGUCAGAGGAGGCUGAACAUCCCUUUGAUCAGUCACAUUCUGCAGGAGACGGCCCAAUCGCCAGGACAGAACUUCCUUCCGCAUCACCUGAUAUCACCUACCAGAUCCAAAAUGAAAUUGAGGCACCUUCAGGCGCUAGGGUAGGCCCUGCUAUUGUCGCAGCAAACUAAACAUCCCUGCAUGUGCAGUUAGUCACGUCUUUUUGAAAGGGGACACUUGCGUUUCUAAAAUAAGAAUCAUGUAUGUAUGACAUGUAAUUGGGUCACAGUAACACAGGUAUUUUAAAAACAUUUAGCCUUAUGGCCACAUGCAAGCUGGCUUACUCUGCUUAUCAAAACACGAGCUGAUAUCUCCCAUUUUUUCUUUAUUGUUCAUUUUUUUAUAUGCACAUUUAUUUAUAACUUUUCAUAACUUUAUAUUUAAAUGUGGCAAUCAAUAAAAUCACUUAAAUUUUUCA